AUGAUUCAACAGGAGCAAGCUGCAAACCAAGCCGCUGCUACAGCACAGGCAGCAGCAACUAUUGCCUCAGCUGCACCUCCUCCUGAAUACCAUGGGUUGUCAGAGUUUAGGAAGAAUGAUCCUCCUCAAUUCACGGGGGUGGAUGGACCAGAUGCUGCUGAACUCUGGAUCAGGGAGAUUGAGAAGAUCUUCCUAACUAUGGGUUGCGUCGAGGAGAGGAAGGUGUUAUAUGCUACUUAUUUGCUGACAGGGGAUGCAGAUAUGUGGUGGCACAGAGCUCGUGCUAUGCUGGAAGCCCGAGGUGAAGUCAUCACUUGGGCUGUAUUUAGAAGUAGUUUUCUGGGAAAGUUUUUCCCUUCCCAUGUUCGUGCUGCCAAAGAGCGGGAGUUUCUAAACUUGGUGCAAGGAAACUCAUCAGUCUAUGAGUAUGCAAUACAGUUUGAGCGGCUUUACAGAUUUUAUUCUCACCCGACCUCAGAGGAGUGGAGAUGUCAAAGGUUUUUAGACUGGCUGAGAACUGACAUAAAGAGGAUUUUGAUUCAACUCAGGAUCAUGGAGUUUGCUGACUUGGUGGAUCAAGCCACCAUUAUAGAGAGUCUUAAUGCAGAGGAUGUUGGUGGAGUUGGGAAGGCUCCAUCUAGUAGAGUGCUAGUAGCUAUGCCUACUGGAGCAACUUCUUCUGCUCCUAGAGCCUCAGUGCUGCAGAUUGUCAGAUGUUUCAGGUGUGGUGGGCCACACUACCUGAGCCAGUGCCCACAGGCUGAUGUCAGGGUUUGCUUCUCGUGCCAACAGCCAGGGCAUCUUGCUAGGGACUGUCCUACGCCUAGUGGGGCAGUUUCAUCUUCUGCUAGCGCCUUGCACGCUGUUAGGCCUAAAGCGACUAGGGCUCCAACGACAACCAGAUCGAGAGCAGAGGGACGUGUAUUCACUACUUCUGCAUCAGAGGCAGCUCAGGCAACGGAUCUUGUCCAGGGGACAGCGGUAGUGGCAGGGUUAGAUGUAAUCUUGGGUAUGAAUUGGCUAGCUGCCAAUCGUGUGCUAAUUGAUUGUGACCGGAGGUGUUUAGUCUUUCCUGAGCAGCAAGGCUGUGUAGAAUUGAUUUCUACUCGCCAAGUAGAAACAUCCUUAGAUUUGAUUCCUGGAGCUGAGCCAGUGUCUGUAGCACCUUACAGAAUGGCACCGAAAGAGUUGAUGAAACUUAAGGAGCAGAUCGAGGAUCUAAUGCGGAAACAGAUGAUUAGGCCGAGCUCUAGAUUAUGUGUUGAUUAUCGCAAGUUGAAUAAGUUGACAAUUAAGAAUAAGUACCCGUUGCCGCGAAUCGAUGAUUUGGUGGACCAGCUGAGAGGUGCUAAGGUAUUCUCUAAGAUUGAUUUGAAGUCUGGGUACCAUCAGAUCCGAGUGAAGGAUGAAGAUAUUCCUAAGACUGCUUUUCGCACUAGAUAUGGCCAUUAUGAGUAUAUAGUGAUGCCCUUUGGAGUCACAAAUGCUCCAGCUGUGUUUAUGGACUACAUGAAUCAGAUCUUUAGACCUUUCCUGGAUCGAUUUGUGGUAGUCUUUAUUGAUGAUAUUUUGAUUUAUUCUAGUUCGUCAGAGGAACAUGCAGAGCAUUUAAGGACUGUACUUAGUGUUUUAAGGGAGAAACAAUUGUAUGCUACAUUGUCUAAGUGUGAGUUUUGGCUAGAGGAAGUGAAGUUCCUUGGUCAUGUUUUUCCGCUAAGGGAAUUGCAGUUGAUCCUUACAAAGUUGAAGCAGUGUUGCAAUGGGAAAGGCCUAAGACAGCCACAGAGAUUCUUAAGAAAGUAUGUUCCUGAUACGUCUCAUGUAAUCGAGCCUGAUGUUGUGAAGUUAAGAGAUGAUUUAUCUACAGAGGUUCCAGCUGCUCGUAUUGAGGAUACUAGAGUUAAGGAACUUAGAGGCAAGUCUAUUCGGUUGUUCUAUAACUGUGGGAUCACAAGCUCCAUUCACAUGGUUGCCACCACAGAAAUCACAACUCAGUUGUGA